CCAAUGGAUGUUGAGUAUCUUGCGUAGAUAACUAAUUAUGAAUACUUGUACUUUUUUGAUAAUGGUUGCAGCGGUUCUCCAAGUUUCAGCUAUGUAUAGUAAAACUGUCUUGACGUUCAUAUUGCAGAUUCUGAAUUUGAUAUUGCUUGAAAGUUGUCUUGAAUUCCAUACAUUCUUCAAUUGUAGGAAUGUGGCUUUUCCCUGGAAAUCCUACUUUUUAUGUCUGCAUCCGAUCCUCUUUUGUCAUCAAUGAUGCUUCCCCGGUGCGUGAAGGAUUACAAAUCUUCCAGAGUUUCUUCCUCAAGUGUGAUUGUGUUGGUGUUAUCCGUGUUGUAUCUGAGGGUCUUGCAUUUUCCUUCGUGUAUGUUGAGGCCUCCUGAUGCAGAUGCUGCUGCUAUAUUAUUUGUCUUCAUCUGCAUUUCUUCGUAUGUAUUAGAUAGGAGGGCUAGGUCAUCUGCGAUGUCCAAAUCGUCUAAUUGGUUCCGAACUGUCCAUCGUAUUCCGUGUUUUCCUUCAGAUGUUGAGGUCUUCAUUAUCUAGUCGACCACCAGAAGAAAGAGGAAGGGGGAGAGUAGACAGCCUUGUCUGACUCCGGCCCUUACUUGGAAUGCUUUUGUCAGCUAUCCUCCA